GUGCAGUGUAAUGUUGUGUUAUAAGAUGUGAUGUAGUGUAUUGUACUGUUGUGUGGGUUUUAGGGGUUGUAUGUGAGAAACCCGACAACGCGACCUGAUGUAGGUCGGUGCAUGGUUACAGAGGAGCGGAAUUGGAGUAUUUAAAUCCGACUGGAUCGUUUAUAAAAGAUAAAAAUGCUGACGGACAGAAUAGUGGAGAAGGAAUUUGAAGGGAAGGAGGAAGAUCUGUGGUACAGCAGGGAAGAUCUGGAACAUGAUCUACACUUGGCUGCAGAGUUGGGAAAGUCACUGCUGGAGAGGAACCAUGAGUUGGAGCAGGGCCUUCAGCAGAUGUACUCCACCAACCAGGAGCAGCUGCAGGAGAUUGAGUACCUGAAUAAGCAGGUGGAGCUGCUGAGGCAGGUGAAUGACCAGCAUGCUAAAAUGUACGAGCAGCUGGACGUUGCUGCACGAGAGCUGGAAAAGAGUAACCACAGUCUGGUGCAGGAUAACCGCACAGCACAGGGAAAAAUCCACAGCCUGACCGAGACCAUUGAUGGCUUACAGACUUAUAUGGAGAGUUUGCAGAGGCAGGUGGAGGAGCUGAAGGUAACUCAGUCUGAGCGCUUAAAGAGGGAACGGACUGAAUCUCGCAACGCCCUGACUGCUCAAAGCAUCUCCUGUCUGAAGGAGCUCUAUGAUCUGCACCAGGACACGUGCCUCAGUACAGAAUCACUUGAGGAUCGUUCGUUGUGGGCAUUAGAUGCAGGCCUGGUGGCAGAGGAAAAAUCUGCACUAAAAAAAACCCUGUGUAACCUGCACGCCCAACUGGCUAGUGAACGUGAGCGACGGGAAGCCACCGAAAAGGUUAUAGAGCUAACAGAGCGUGAAAAGAGGGCACUAGAGCACCGGGUGGCAUUGCUUGAGGGGGCACGGCGCCGACAAGCUGAACUAGAGGUUGAGGUGGUAGAGCUGCGUCAACUGUGGCGUUCUGAAUCCAGCGCUAAACCUACAGACUCGCUCAUGCCAGACACCGUGUUUUACCUGGAGAAAGCGGUGGAGUCAGGAACAGGACCGGACGAUUGCGAAGACGAGGGGCCAGCACAGGACCUUAGACGCGGGCACAAGCUCACAUGUAUCAGGCGAUCUGAAGCGGUGAGGCAGCGCGGUAUCUCGCUGCUUAAUGAAGUAGAUGCGCAGUAUGGCGUAUUGAAGACCAAAUAUGAAGAGCUGCUGCACCGCUGCCAGCGCGGCGACGACGAACUCAGCCACAAAGGUGUCCAGACGCCGGCUGUUGCCUUAAAAAUGCAAUCGUUGUCUCCCAUGGAUGAACCGUACCAGCCGGAGUACAAGGCUCUCUUUAAGGAGAUUUUUACAUGUAUCCAGAAAACCAAAGAGGACCUGAAGGAGAACAGGGCCACAGUGAGACAGAAGCAGGUUUUGGACGAGUGAAACAACUUUAAUUUGUAUUAUGUCCA